AUUCUGAUGAAGCUGAUGCUGCUGAAUUCGACGUUAGUAAAGGCGGAGCGUCUACUCGAUAUCAUUUCGAGUCCUUCGGCCGAGCCGACAAACGCGAACGCGGCAUUUGAAAUUUGUGGCUUUAUUUACUUUGGCUUCAAAGAACGCUAAAAUGACAACUGCAGUGACGCACACAGGAACAGUUCUACCUGGGCAAGAUCUACACUGCUUUGUUUGUGAUGUUGCUGUCUCAGGUCGUUACUAUACUCUCGCAACAUGCCGAACUCAAAGCACUAAAGUUAGAUUAAUUGAAAAGUUAGGUCAACUGGUUGGAGAAAGGUAUAUGGUUGUUAUAUCAGAGGAUGAUAUUAUAUGCCGGGGAUGUGCAACUCUCAUAAAUACACUCGAUCGCCUAGAAACUGAAAUGGGAUCAGUUCGUGGUGUUGUACUACGGUUCCUAGAAAAGAAGUAUGCCCUUGAGGAGGGAGAGCUGGUUAACAGCAAGCCCACAGGUGCACCGGCUCCACCUCCCCAGAUCACACCUUCAACAAAUCCUAGUAAAGAGCAAAAAUCUGAUGUGACUAAGAAACGGAAAACUAUUAGCACCGAUGGCGAAAGUGAUGGUGAAUGUAAUUCUGGCGAUGGGAAAAAGAAUACAAAGUCAGACACAUGGAUGCAAUGCAAUAAGUGCAAGUACACAACUGACUACAAUGCCUUCUUGGUUCAUCAUGUCAAACAACAUUCAAAGAAGAAAGACCCUUCUCCUGCUGGACAGGAAGAUUCUGUGGAUAGUACACAAACUCUCAAGCGCUUCAAGUCUGAAUCUGUGAACAGUACAGAUGAUAUUCACGAAAAUAGCAGUAUGAAAAUUAAAACAUUGGAUCCUGGUGAUGCAGAAACUGUAGAAAUGAUUGCUGCAGAAAUUAAUGAGUAUAAUGAAGUAGCUCAAAAUCAUACUAAUAGCAACAGUCCAAUGGUGAUAGCAUCAGUAUCACAAGCUGAAAAUACAGAUGGAACUACAUCAAUUGUUAUGACACAAGGGGAAGAUGGCCAGCUUACAGCCCUGACGGGAACUGAAAAUCAUGAUACAAUGACCAUAGAUGUUUCGGGCAUGGUCAUGCAGGGUGUGGAUGGUGUAGAGGGUGAAGCUAUGUGUGUUAUGCCAAUCACUGAUGAAACCACUGGUGAACAUAUUGAAGCUGCUGAAGAUGGAAAUGUGUAUGUUCAUGUGGUAGAUAUGUCUGGAGAAGAGGUCGGUCAACUUCCCGCAGGAUCAGUUGGAAAUGUUGCCAGAGUUAAUGAUGACGGAACUGUAGAAAUGGUGCAAGUCAUGUGGGAUCAGAUGGUGACAGACAAUGCAGAUGGGGAUCAAAGUCAAGAGUUUACUCUUGAAUGAAUGAUAGUAUAAUAAAAAUAAAUUAAGCUCAUCAUAAAUAAAUUGUAGGUAUUCAAAGUUAUUACCAACAGAAGUUUAGGAUAAUGUGUGCUUGGCUGAUAUUUAAAAAAUGUUAUUUUUUUUACAUGGAUUGCUUAAUGAGCAGCCAGUAUGUAAGCAUAACUAUAAUUUUCUUCAAUGUAAUUUCUAUCUUUGAAUCGUGAAAACAAGUAAUGUGAAGUCCGGUUAGCUGUAUGAAUUUUUGCUUUGUAUUGUUACAACAUGUAAACUUCUGUACCGGAUGUUUUUGUUUUUAUUUAAAUUUAAAUUGUACGAGUCUUUGGUUUUACGGUAAACUUGAUUUAUAAAUAGACUUUUAUCCUCAGACUAUGCGUACCACUAUGCAACCAUCUCUCUGCAAUAAUAAAAAAUGACCUUAAUUUAUUACUCUCCA